AUGGGACACUGCCUUGACCGGUCUACACCUUGCGCCUCGGAAGAGCCGGGCCUGCACACAGGCGUGCUCGCUGGAGCCUGUCAGUCGGCCAAGAGGGGCGGCCGCUCGGCUGCUCGCGAGAGCCUCAAGGACUUAAGUCACAACCGAUUGUCUUUUAUCAAGGCAGAUUCCGUGAGCCAUCUUCGAAGCCUUCGAGAAGUGAAACUGAACAACAAUGAACUGAGGACCAUUCCAAACCUGGGACCGGCCUCGGCAAAUAUUACACUGCUUUCCUUAGCUGGAAACAGGAUUGCUGAAAUAUUGCCUGAGCAUCUGACACCGUUUCAAUCCCUUGAAACGCUGGACCUGAGCGGCAAUAAUAUUUCGGAGCUGAAACCUGCAUUUCCUCCUCUCCACCUGAAAUACCUGUAUAUCAACAGCAACAGAGUCUCCUGGAUGGAGCCUGGCUAUUUUGACAAUUUGGCCAACACACUCCUGGUUUUGAAGCUGAACAGGAACCGCCUCUCGGCCAUCCCGCCCAAGAUGUUCAGACUGCCCCAGCUGCAGCACCUUGAGCUGAACCGAAACAAGAUCAAAAACGUGGACGGGCUCACGUUCCAGGGGCUGGGCGCGCUGAAGGCGCUGAAGAUGCAGAGGAACGGGGUGACCACACUGAUGGACGGCGCCUUCUGGGGGCUGAGCGCCAUGGAGAUCCUGCAGCUGGACCACAACAACCUCACGGAAGUCACCAAAGGGUGGCUGUACGGCUUGCUGGCGCUGCGGGACCUCCACGUCAGCCACAACGCCAUCGCCGCCAUCAGCCCCGACGCCUGGGAGUUCUGCCAGAAGCUCAGAGAGCUAGACCUGACUUUCAACCACUUGUCGAGGCUGGACGACUCGAGCUUCCUGGGCCUCAGCCUGCUGGAAACCCUGCACCUGGGGAGUAACAGAGUCAGCUACAUCGCCGACUGCGCCUUCCGGGGACUCUCCAGGCUAAAGACUUUGGACCUCAAGGACAACGAAAUCUCCUGGACCAUUGAGGACAUGAGCGGGGCUUUCUCUGGGCUCGACAAGCUGCGGCGGCUAAUCCUCCAGGGAAACCGGAUUCGAUCUGUUACCAAAAAAGCCUUCGCUGGCUUGGAUGCGUUAGAACAUCUGGACCUGAGUGACAACGCCAUCAUGUCCUUACAAGGCAACGCCUUCUCGCACAUGAAGAAACUGCAGCAGCUCCGUGCACUUUACGACUUCCCCAAGCCCCAGAUCACGGUUCAGCCGGAGACCCAGUCGGCCAUCAAAGGCUCCAACUUGAGUUUCGUCUGCUCGGCCGCCAGCAGCAGCGAUUCCCCAAUGACUUUUGCUUGGAAAAAAGACAACGAGCUUCUGCACGACGCGGAGAUGGAGAACUACGCGCACCUGCGGGCGCGUGGCGGCGAGGUGAUGGAGUACACCACCGUCCUGAGGCUCCGCCGCGUGGCGUUCGCCAGCGAGGGCAGGUACCAGUGCGUCAUCUCCAACCACUUUGGCUCGUCCUACUCGGUCAAAGCCAAGCUUACCGUGAACAUGCUUCCGUCCUUCACCAAGACGCCCAUGGACCUCACCGUGCGCGCGGGGGCCACGGCCCGCCUGGAGUGCGCCGCCCUGGGCCACCCCGCCCCGCAGAUCGCCUGGCAGAAGGACGGGGGCACGGACUUCCCGGCCGCCAGGGAGCGGCGCAUGCACGUGAUGCCGGAGGACGACGUGUUCUUCAUCGUGGACGUGAAGAUCGAGGACAUCGGCGUGUACAGCUGCACCGCUCAGAACAGCGCGGGGAGCAUCUCUGCCAACGCCACGCUGACCGUGCUGGAAACGCCGUCGUUCCUGCGGCCGCUGCUGGACCGGACGGUCACCAAGGGCGAGACGGCCGUGCUGCAGUGCAUCGCGGGGGGCAGCCCCCCGCCCCGGCUCGACUGGACCAAGGACGACAGCCCCCUGCUGCUCACCGAGCGCCACUUCUUCGCGGCGGGCAACCAGCUGCUCAUCAUCGUGGACUCGGACGUGAGCGACGCGGGCAGGUACACCUGCCAGAUGUCCAACGCGCUGGGCACCGAGCGCGGCCACGUGCGCCUCAACGUCAUCCCCACGCCCACCUGCGACGCCCCGCCCCUGACGGCCGCCGCGCUGCCGGACGACGGCUGGGCCACCGUGGGCGUGGUCAUCAUCGCCGUGGUCUGCUGCGUGGUGGGCACCUCGCUCGUGUGGGUGGUCAUCAUCUACCACACGCGGCGGCGGAACGAGGACUGCAGCAUCACUAACACGGACGAGACCAACUUGCCCGCGGAUAUCCCCAGCUACCUGUCGUCCCAGGGGACGCUGGCGGACAGACAGGAUGGAUACGUGUCCUCGGAGACGGGCAGCCACCAUCAGUUUGUCGCCUCUUCCGGCGCCGGCUUUUUCCUGUCGCCGCAUGACAGCAGUGGGCCCUGCGCGCCGGACACCGGCAGCGAGGCGGACGCCGAGGCGGGCCCAGACCCCUUCCUCUGCCCCUUCCUCGGCCCCCCGGGCCCCGCGUAUCUGAAGGGGGGCGUCUGCGGCGCGGACCCCUGCGACGCCUACCACCCAGCGGGCGAAACCUAG